AUGCCGCCAAAGUUCUGGAAGCCCGGCACUGCCGCUCCAGCGGAGGAAGGCGGCGCGGCCGUCUCGAGUGCGCCGAGGCACGACCUUUCUCUCGAGGCGCAGAGGCGGAGGUUGCCGGUGUUCAAGCAUCGCGAGAAGCUCCUGUACUGCGUCGAGAGGUACCAGGUUACAAUCGUGGUCGGCCAGACUGGUAGCGGAAAGUCUACGCAAAUACCGCAAUACCUGCACGAAGCCGGGUGGAGUGCGGAUGGCCGCGUCGUGGCAUGCACGCAGCCAAGACGAGUAGCUGCGACAUCAGUAGCGACCCGAGUCGCGGAGGAGGUCGGCAGCGUGCUUGGUGACGAGGUCGGAUACUCGAUCCGGUUCGAGGACCUGUCCGAUCCACAACGCACGCGCAUCAAAUAUAUGACCGACGGCAUGCUUUUCCGCGAGUGCAUGCUGGAUCCGCUGCUGAGCAAGUAUAGCGUGAUCAUGCUGACAUCAGUCGUCUCGCUCGAGGGGCGGAUGUACCCUGUCGAAGUGGCGUUUCUCUCAGAACCUUGCGCCGACUACGGGCAAGCAGCCAUUGACGCUGUCUUUGCGAUCCACACGAAGAUCGACACAGCCAUCCAAGCUGUCGCUGAUCGCGCUGCUUCGCUCCCACCAAGAGCGCCCAAGAUUCUCGCUCUGCCGCUGUACGCGACUUUGCCUGUGGAGGAGCAGGAGAUCAUCUUUGAGCCUCCACCGAAAGACACGCGCAAGGUCAUCUUCGCGACGAACAUUGCCGAGGCGAGUGUGACGAUCGACGGAAUCAAGUAUGUCGUCGACAGUGGUUUUGUGAAGCUCAAAACCUUCAACCCGCGAACGGGCAUGGAUGUGCUCACGGUCACGCCGUGCUCGUUGGCGUCGGCGAACCAGCGUGCGGGUCGUGCCGGUCGAACAUCAGCGGGCAAGUGUCUCCGGUUAUACCCGCCGAGCAUCCUUCCCACCAACAACGCCCUCUCGCCAAUGCCAGUGACGACGCCGCCGGAACUGGUGCGCUCAGACAUCUCGACGUACCUCUUGCAAUUGAAGGCGCUCGGCAUUGAGAACCUAGCCAAGUUUGACUUCAUGUCCCCACCACCAAGCGACAUGAUGGUGCGCGCUCUCGAGUUCUUGUACUCGCUCAAGGCGCUAGAUGACUCUGCUCAUCUGACGCCACUGGGCGAGCGGAUCGCGGAACUCCCCCUGGACCCGAUGAUGGCGACGAUUCUUCUGAAUAGCGCCGAGUUUAGAUGCUCCGAGGAGAUCUUGACCAUCGCGGCCAUGACGAGCGUGCAGGGCGUGUUCAAUAUGCCUGACGGCGGGCCGAAUACGACCAAGGGCGCGCUGGCCGAGGUCGAGCGGCGCAAGUUCACGGCUGAGGAGGGUGAUCAUCUGACUCUGCUUAACGCCUAUAACGCCUUCAUGAAGUACGGCCAGCGGGAUAAGAGCUGGUGCGGCCAACGCCGCCUGAACUAUCGUGCCUUGCAGCGCGCCCAGAGCAUCCGGAAACAGCUCAAGAAGUACUUGGAGCGCUUCGGUAUCCGCUCAGUGUCGUGCGAGGGCGAUCACGUCCGAUUGCGCAAGUGUCUCGUCUCGGGCUACUUCAAGUGCACGAGAGGGUGCGACGCUGUACGCUCACCCGUCGUCUGUCAUGUUCACGCGGCAACCGAGCACCGGUUGGGUCAUCUUCACGGACGUGCUGGAGACGAGCAAGAGCUUUAUGCGGGAUCUGACUGUGAUCGAGGAGGAGUGGCUUGUCGAGCUUGCUUCAAGGGUGGGGGUAUCAAGCAGCACUAG